AUGGAGGUGGAGAACAGCACUGUGAAGACACAGUUCUUUCUCCUGGGAUUCAGUGACCACCCAGAACUGCAGAGUGUUCUUUUUGCUGUGUUUCUGUCCAUCUACUCUGUUACCCUCAUGGGGAACCUUGGGAUGAUUUUAUUAAUCACAGCCAGCCCCCCUUUGCACACGCCUAUGUACUUUUUUCUCCGCAUCUUGUCUUUCGUAGAUGCCUGCUACUCUUCAGUCAUUGCCCCCAAGUUACUUGUGGACUUAGUUUCUGAAAAGAAGACCAUUUCCUACAGUGGCUGUGCUGCACAGUUAUAUUUCUUCUGCUGUUUGGUGGACACAGAGUCUUUUCUCUUGACUGUCAUGGCUUAUGACCGGUACAUAGCCAUCUGCAACCCCCUGCUUUACACCGUUAUUAUGUCCAAGAGGAUUUGCUGCCAGCUUGCAAUUGGAGCGUUUCUGGGAGGCACCAUGAGCUCAGUGAUUCACACCACAAAUACCUUUCACCUGUCUUUCUGCUCCAAUGAAAUUAACCAUUUCUUUUGCGACAUCUCCCCACUCUUCUCUCUGUCCUGCACUGACACCUACAUCCAUGACAUUGUACUGGUGGUCUUUGCUAGUUUAGUUGAAGCCCUCUGCCUUCUAACAGUUCUCCUUUCUUAUAUCCUCAUCAUAGCAGCCAUUCUUAAAACAGAAUCUGCUGACGGAAGAGGAAAAGGAUUCUCCACUUGUGCAUCCCAUCUGAUUGUGGUCUCUAUCUACCAUGGUACCCUGAUCUUCAUUUAUUUGCGUCCCAGUGCUGGCCAUUCACUGGAUAUUGAUAAAGUGACCUCUGUGUUCUAUACAUUGAUUAUACCUAUGCUGAACCCCCUGAUUUACAGUCUGAGGAACAAAGAUGUGAAAAAUGCUUUUAGGAAAAUGAUUAGCAGGAAAUUUCUUUCUUAA